ACGGGAGGAGACAGGGCUGAGGAGAGGGAGAAGAGGGAGGAGGGCCGCGGCCCGCGCCGGGAAACAAAGGGUCACCGCGCCGGGGAACAGGGCGGAGGACAGAGCCGGACUGGCUGCCCGCCCCGGCCAUGGCUGCGACCCUCCGACCGGCUCCGGACCCGGACAGGACAAGCCCGGGGGGGCCCUCUUAAGCGGGAGCCGCCCGUGAGUUUUAGGCUGCUUUUGGGAAUUGAGGAUUUGGAGCAAGUGGAGCAAGCAAGUGAGCCCCCGCCCGGAUGAUGUAAAGUUCCAGGCAGUGCUGACCUCCAUCCUGCAUUGUCUUCCCAGCCCAGCUCUACACAUUGCCUAAGGGCAGCCGUUGUGCUGUUCUAGUGGCCACAGGCUGGGGCCAUCAUGAAGCUGAACGAGCGGAGCCUGGCCUUCUACGCCACCUGCGACUCUCCAGCUGAUAACACCGGCUUCCUGUACAAGAAGGGGGAGCGCCACACCGCUUACCACAAGCGCUGGUUCGUUCUCAAAGGCAACAUGCUCUUCUACUUUGAGGACCGGGACAGCCGGGAGCCGGUGGGCGUCAUCAUCCUGGAGGGCUGCACGGUGGAACUGUGCGAGGCCACGGAGGAGUUCGCUUUCGCCAUCCGCUUUGCAGGUGCUCGCUCGCGCACCUAUGUCUUGGCGGCCGACAGCCAGCCGGCCAUGGAGACGUGGGUCAAGGCCCUGUCCCGGGCCAGCUUUGACUACCUGCGCCUGGUGGUGCGCGAACUGGAGCAGCAGCUGGAGGAGGUGCGGGGCAGCGAGGCUGGCGGCAAGCGGGCCCAGCGGUGCUCUCCGGGCCACCGGAGGAGCCAGCCAGAACCCGUGGCCCCGCCCCGGAGGGACCGCCCUGUCCACGCCUGCCCCGCUGGCUCCAAAGACAACGGCUGCGCUGUGUGGAGCACCGACCCUAGCGCUUGGCCCAAUGGCACGGGUCCUGGGCCCAGGGCUGCCAGGCUGAGCCACGACGGGAGUCCCCAGCCCCCACCGCUGCCCCCUCGCCGGAGGCCCUCGGGCACCUCUGUCCAUUCGCUGGCUCUGGAGAGUCCCUUCUCGCCCGGCACGGCCUCCUUUGGCAAGCUGCAUGAGUGGUACGGGAGGGAGAUUGUGGAGUUGAGGAGGGAGUGGCUGGAGAGCCAGGGCCAGCUGUGAUGGAGCCACGGCCCAGGGAGUGAUUGCGGAGGGCAGUGGGGACCCUGAGCCAUCCUGGGAGCCUGUUCCUCACCGUGGGGGAAGCUCUGCCUCGGGAAAGUUCCUAGUUGCGGGCCUGAGUGAAGGCCUUCCUGUGUGCUUGCAGGGUGGAAGAGGGAGAGGACGCUCUCUCUUCUAAGCCUCCAAGAUGAAAGCGCCAGGUUUUCCUUCUGACUCUUGGGGCUGUCAUCGAGGAUUUCCGGACUGUGUGCCCACCAUUGCUGGCAAUGCUGGGUAUCUGGGCAGCGGCCCCUGAGCGAUGACUCUGGAUGGGAGUCCAGGCCCCCUACCAACUGACCCCGAUCUGGCUGAGCAGCUCCUGUCCAGGAAGUAGGGGAUGAGCUAAUGGCUGGCUGCAGCAGGAGUCCCGUGUAAACAGAUUCAGGCUCUUCUCAUCAUCUCGCUUCCUUUCUCACUGCUCUGCCAGUCUCCCUGAUAGCCUCACACUACCCCAAACCAGCUCUCCUAGGAGCUGAAAGUGUGAACCAGCUAUCCUGGGGUGUGAAAGUGUGAGCUCCCACCCUAGCUGAAGUAACCUGGGCCACAGUCCGCCUAUGUUGUUUCCAACCUCCCUCAGCCAGUCUGCCUCUCCUCUAGCAAAAUGGCCCUUCAGCCUUCUGGGAGCAACGAGAAGGCACCACAUAUCUGCCCUUCCUCCCUGACCACCCAACCUCUUGGAGAGAGACCUGAGCUACCUGAGGGAGAGGGGGACUAGACUGCCCUCGGAGCCAAACAUUUUACCCUAUCACCUGUAGAAUGGGGUUCAGUUCAAACAUUUUACCCUAUCACCUGUAGAAUGGGGUUCAGUUAUCUCUCCGGCUGACCUCCCUUCUAAAGCUGAUCUUUCAGUUCAGGCUAGAGGGGUGAUGGAAUCUGGAAUAAAAUCUGGCACUACCAG